AUGGCCUCGGAAGUGGUGUGCGGGCUCAUCUUCAGGCUGCUGCUCCCCAUCUGCCUGGCAGUAGCAUGUGCGUUCCGGUACAAUGGGCUCUCCUUUGUCUACCUCAUCUACCUCUUGCUCAUCCCUUUGUUCUCAGAACCAACAAAAGCAACGAUGCAAGGACAUACGGGCCGGUUAUUAAAGUCUCUGUGCUUCACCAGUCUUUCCUUCCUGUUGCUGCAUAUCAUUUUCCACAUCACGUUGGCUAGUCUGGAAGCUCAACACCGUAUUGGACCUAGUUACAACUGCUCCACAUGGGAAAAGACGUUUCGGCAAAUUGGCUUUGAAAGCUUAAAGGGAGCUGAUGCUGGCAAUGGGAUCAGAGUGUUCGUGCCUGAUAUCGGGAUGUUCAUUGCUAGCCUGACCAUCUGGCUCGUCUGCAGAAACAUUGUUCAGAAACCAGUGACAGAAGAAGCAGCACAGUAUAACUCAGAGUUUGAAAAUGAAGAAUUGGCUGGAGGAGAAAAAAUAGAUCCAGAAGAGGCAUUGAUCUACGAAGAGGAUUUAGAUGAAGGGGACGGUGUUGAAGGCGAGGUGGAAGAGAGCACAAAAUUAAAAAUGUUCCGCAGACUCGCCUCUGUGGCCUCCAAGCUUAAGGAGUUUAUCGGCAACAUGAUCACCACCGCGGGAAAGGUCGUGGUGACGAUUUUACUCGGUUCGUCAGGUAUGAUGUUGCCAUCUUUGACCUCAUCUGUGUACUUCUUUGUAUUUUUGGGUCUGUGCACCUGGUGGUCCUGGUGCCGCACAUUCGAUCCAUUGCUGUUCAGCUGUCUCUGUGUUCUGCUGGCUAUUUUCACUGCGGGGCACUUGAUUGGACUUUAUUUAUACCAGUUCCAAUUCUUUCAAGAAGCGGUUCCACCCAAUGACUACUAUGCGAGGUUGUUUGGUAUCAAAUCAGUCAUUCACACGGACUGUUCCAGCACCUGGAAGAUCAUAGCAAACCCAGACCUGUCAUGGUAUCACCACGCCAACCCCAUCGUCCUGCUGGUGAUGUACUACACGCUGGCAACACUCAUCCGCAUCUGGCUACAGGAGCCCCUUGUGCAGGAUGACAGGACCAAGGAAGAGGACAGAGCCCGGGCUUGUGGCCCCAUCCAAGUGACAGCCGAGAGGAGGCGGAGCCUGUGGUAUGCCACCCAUUACCCAACUGAUGAGAGAAAACUUUUAUCCAUGACCCAAGAUGACUACAAACCAUCUGAUGGCCUGCUGGUGACUGUGAACGGCAAUCCUGUAGACUACCACACCAUCCACCCCAGUCUGCCCAUCGAGAACGGCCCUGCCAAAGCCGACCUGUACUCCACCCCACAGUACCGGUGGGAGCCCUCUGAAGAAUCCUCAGAAAAGAAAGAGGAAGAAGAGGAUGAGAAGGAAGAAUUUGAGGAGGAAAGGAGCCAUGAGGAGAAACGAAGUGUUAAAGUUCACGCCAUGGUCUCUGUGUUUCAGUUUAUUAUGAAACAAAGUUACAUUUGUGCCCUCAUUGCCAUGAUGGCUUGGAGCAUCACGUAUCACAGCUGGUUGACAUUUGUGUUGUUGAUUUGGUCAUGCACCCUUUGGAUGAUUCGCAACAGAAGAAAAUAUGCCAUGAUCAGCUCUCCUUUCAUGGUCGUCUAUGGAAAUCUGCUGCUGAUAUUACAGUAUAUAUGGAGUUUUGAACUUCCCGAAAUUAAAAAGGUCCCAGGAUUCUUGGAAAAGAAAGAACCAGGAGAACUUGCCUCAAAGAUACUUUUCACCAUUACUUUUUGGCUCCUGCUGAGGCAGCACCUCACUGAGCAAAAAGCUCUUCAAGAAAAGGAAGCUCUUUUAUCUGAGAUCAAAAUCGGAAGUCAGGAAAAUGAAGAAAAAGAUGAUGAGCAAGAUAUACAAAUGGAAGGAGAGGCCGAAGAGAAGGAGGAAGAGGAAGCCAAGGAAGAGAAGCAAGAGAGAAAGAAGCAAGAGGAAGAGGAAGUGGAGGAAGAUGAUGACCAGGACAUCAUGAAAGUGCUGGGCAAUCUGGUGGUGGCCAUGUUCAUCAAGUAUUGGAUCUACGUCUGCGGAGGAAUGUUCUUCUUUGUCAGCUUCGAGGGUAAAAUUGUGAUGUACAAAAUCAUCUACAUGGUGCUGUUUCUGUUCUGUGUGGCCUUGUAUCAGGUGCACUACGAGUGGUGGAGGCGAAUUCUAAAGUACUUUUGGAUGUCUGUGGUUAUUUAUACCAUGCUGGUGCUUAUCUUUAUCUACACAUAUCAGUUUGAGAACUUCCCAGGACUGUGGCAAAAUAUGACUGGGUUGAAAAAAGAAAAGCUCGAGGAUCUUGGCUUAAAACAGUUUACCGUGGCAGAACUAUUCACUCGCAUAUUCAUCCCAACUUCCUUUCUGUUGGUGUGCAUUUUACACCUUCACUACUUCCAUGAUCAGUUUCUGGAGCUCACAGACCUGAAGUCCAUUCCUAGCAAGGAAGACAGCGCCAUCUACAGACUGGCCCACCCCGAAGGCAGCCUUCCGGACCUUGCCAUGAUGAAUCUGACCGCCAGCCUGGAGAAGCCGGACAUCAGGAAGCUGGCCGAGCGUGGGGAUGACAAACCAGAGGGGUGCCCUGAGAAGGCUGAGCUUGGGAAAGACAGCGAGGAGGAGGAAGAAGAGGAGGACGAGGAGGAAGAGGAGGAAGAGGAGGAGGAAGAGACAUCAGAUUUAAGGAACAAAUGGCAUCUGGUGAUUGACCGUCUCACUGUGCUCUUCUUAAAAUUCUUGGAGUAUUUCCACAAGCUGCAGGUGUUCAUGUGGUGGAUUUUGGAGUUACAUAUCAUCAAAAUUGUUUCAUCGUACAUUAUCUGGGUUUCUGUGAAAGAGGUGUCUCUGUUCAACUAUGUAUUUUUGAUUUCUUGGGCUUUUGCUCUGCCAUAUGCCAAGUUGCGCCGUCUGGCUUCAAGUGUCUGCACUGUCUGGACAUGUGUGAUCAUCGUCUGCAAAAUGUUGUACCAGCUGCAAACCAUUAAGCCUGAGAACUUUUCUGUUAACUGUUCCUUGCCAAAUGAAAACCAGACGAAUAUACCCAUCCACCAGUUGAACAAGUCUCAGCUCUACAGCGCUCCUAUUGACCCAACAGAAUGGGUGGGCCUGAGGAAGUCUUCCCCUCUGCUUGUCUACCUGAGGAAUAAUCUCCUGAUGCUGGCCAUUCUGGCCUUUGAGGUUACAAUUUACCGCCAUCAGGAAUACUAUCGAGGUCGAAACAACCUCACGGCCCCGGUGUCUAAAACCAUCUUUCAUGACAUUACAAGACUCCAUCUAGAUGAUGGACUUAUUAAUUGUGCCAAAUAUUUCAUAAAUUACUUCUUCUACAAGUUUGGUCUGGAGACCUGUUUCCUAAUGUCAGUUAAUGUAAUUGGUCAGCGAAUGGAUUUCUAUGCCAUGAUUCACGCCUGCUGGCUGAUCGCUGUCUUAUAUCGGCGCAGAAGAAAGGCCAUUGCAGAGAUCUGGCCCAAGUACUGCUGCUUCCUGGCGUGCAUCAUCACCUUCCAGUACUUCAUCUGUAUCGGCAUCCCUGCAGCUCCUUGCAGAGAUUACCCAUGGAGAUUCAAGGGUGCUAGCUUCAAUGACAACAUCAUAAAGUGGCUGUACUUCCCAGACUUCAUUGUGCGGCCCAACCCCGUGUUUCUUGUCUAUGACUUCAUGCUGCUCCUGUGUGCCUCCCUGCAAAGGCAGAUCUUCGAGGAUGAAAACAAGGCUGCAGUGCGGAUCAUGGCAGGGGACAACGUGGAGAUCUGCAUGAACCUUGACGCAGCCUCCUUCAGCCAGCAUAACCCCGUGCCAGAUUUCAUCCACUGCAGAUCGUACCUAGACAUGUCCAAAGUGAUCAUCUUCAGCUACCUCUUCUGGUUUGUCCUCACGAUCAUCUUCAUCACGGGAACAACCAGGAUCAGCAUCUUUUGCAUGGGUUACUUGGUAGCCUGCUUCUAUUUCCUGCUCUUUGGGGGUGAUUUGCUGCUGAAACCCAUCAAGAGCAUCCUGCGCUACUGGGACUGGCUGAUUGCCUACAACGUUUUUGUGAUUACAAUGAAAAACAUACUGUCAAUAGGAGCAUGUGGAUACAUUGAAAAAUUGGUUCAGAAUAGUUGCUGGUUGAUCCAAGCUUUCAGCCUGGCCUGCACUGUCAAAGGCUAUAAAAUGCCUGAUGAUGAUUCCUCAUGUAAACUACCCAGUGGUGAAGCAGGAAUUAUUUGGGACAGUAUAUGUUUUGCCUUCCUUCUCCUGCAAAGAAGAGUUUUCAUGAGUUACUAUUUCCUACAUGUUGUGGCUGAUAUAAAAGCUUCACAGAUCCUGGCUUCGAGAGGGGCUGAACUUUUCCAGGCCACAAUUGUAAAGGCUGUAAAGGCAAGAAUUGAAGAAGAGAAAAAGUCAAUGGAUCAGCUGAAGAGGCAGAUGGAUCGCAUCAAAGCCCGGCAACAGAAAUACAAAAAGGGUAAGGAGAGGAUGCUGAGCUUGACCCAGGAAUCAGGGGAAGGCCAGGACAUCCAAAAACUCUCUGAAGAGGAUGAUGAAAGAGAAGCAGACAAACAGAAAGCCAAGGGCAAAAAAAAGCAGUGGUGGCGGCCUUGGGUUGAUCAUGCUUCCAUGGUCAGGAGUGGAGAUUAUUAUUUGUUUGAAACGGAUAGCGAAGAGGAGGAAGAAGAAGAAUUAAAAAAGGAAGAGGAAGAACCUCCAAGGAGGUCAGCUUUCCAGUUUGUUUAUCAAGCCUGGAUCACUGACCCUAAAACAGCACUCCGACAGAGACGCAAAGAGAAAAAAAGGUCUGCAAGAGAAGAACAGAAAAGAAGGAGAAAAGGAUCUGGGGAGGGUCCUGUGGAGUGGGAAGACCGAGAGGAGGAACCAGUCAAAAAGAAAUCUGAUGGACCAGAUAAUAUCAUCAAGAGGAUAUUUAAUAUUUUGAAAUUCACCUGGGUUCUGUUUCUGGCAACAGUGGAUAGUUUCACAACUUGGCUUAACUCCAUUUCAAGGGAGCAUAUUGAUAUAUCUACAGUUCUGAGAAUUGAAAGAUGCAUGCUGACCAGAGAAAUUAAAAAGGGCAACGUUCCCACUCGGGAGAGCAUCCACAUGUACUACCAGAACCACAUCAUGAACCUUUCCAGAGAGUCUGGACUGGACACCAUUGAUGACCGUCCGGGCGCUGCUUCCGGUGCACAGCCAGCCCACAGGAUGGAUAGCUUAGAUUCACAUGACAGUAUCUCCAGCGAGCCCACGCAGUGCACCAUGCUGUACUCACGCCAGGGGACGACGGAGACCAUAGCGGAAGUGGAGGCUGAGCAGGACGACGAGGCAGCAGCCGGAGAUGCCGGGCAGGGCGGGGAGGCCACGGCGGAUGUGGGGCUGGAGGAGGCCUCGGAGGCCUCGGAGGCCUCAGAAGUCGGCCUCACCCCGGAGGCUGAGCUGCCGCAGUAUUCCACCGAGGACGGGGACGUGGAGGCCCCGCCGUCCUACAGCAAGGCAGUCAGCUUCGAGCGCCUGUCCUUCGGCUCGAGGGAUGACUCUGCGGGCCAGAGCCACAUGGCCGUGAGUCCUGACGACAGCCGCUCGGACAGGCUCGAGUCCAGCAUCUUACCGCCCCUGACUCACGAGCUGACGGCCAGCGAGCUGCUGCUGAACAAGAUGUUCCAUGAUGACGAGCUUGAAGAGUCAGAGAAAUUCUACGUUGGUCAGCCCCGGUUCUUGCUGUUGUUCUAUGCCAUGUACAACACUCUGGUGGCUCGCUCAGAAAUGGUGUGCUAUUUUGUGAUCAUACUAAACCACAUGGUCUCUGCCUCCAUGAUCACCCUUGUGCUCCCCAUUCUGAUCUUCCUCUGGGCCAUGCUGUCUGUCCCCAGGCCCAGUAGACGAUUCUGGAUGAUGGCCAUUGUCUACACAGAGGUGGCAAUUGUGGUCAAGUAUUUCUUCCAAUUUGGGUUCUUUCCCUGGAACAAGAAUGUGGAAUUGAACAAAGAUAAACCUUACCACCCACCUAAUAUCAUAGGAGUGGAAAAGAAAGAAGGUUAUGUCCUUUACGAUCUCAUUCAGCUCCUGGCUCUUUUCUUCCAUCGGUCAAUUUUGAAGUGCCAUGGCUUGUGGGAUGAAGAUGACAUAACCGACAGUGGCACAGACAAGGAAGAGUCAGAUGAUGAGCUCUCCCUCAGUCGUGGCAGAAGAGCCUCCUCCGAUUCUCUGAAAUCCAUCAACCUGGCCACAUCGGCAGAGUCGGUACAUGUAUCCUUCCCGGAGCAGCCCACCGCCAUCCGGAGAAAGCGAUCAGGAAGCAGCUCCCAGAUAUCCCCCAGAUCCAGCUUUUCUUCCAACAGGUCCAAAAGAGGCAGCACAAGCACCCGGAACAGCAGUCAAAAAGGAAGCAGUGUUUUAAGCAUCAAGCAGAAAAGCAAAAGGGAACUUUAUAUGGAAAAGCUUCAAGAACAUUUAAUCAAAGCAAAAGCAUUUACCAUAAAGAAGACUCUGCAAAUAUAUGUGCCCAUCAGACAGUUCUUCUACAACCUCAUCCACCCAGACUACAGUGCUGUGACCGACGUGUAUGUGCUCAUGUUCCUGGCUGACACUGUUGACUUUGUCAUCAUCGUCUUUGGCUUCUGGGCCUUCGGGAAACACUCAGCAGCAGCAGACAUCACCUCUUCACUGUCGGAGGACCAGGUUCCUGGGCCAUUUUUGGUGAUGGUCCUCAUUCAGUUUGGAACUAUGGUGGUGGACCGAGCCCUAUACCUCAGGAAGACUGUGCUGGGAAAGGUCAUUUUUCAGGUCAUUCUUGUGUUUGGAAUUCACUUCUGGAUGUUCUUCAUCUUGCCUGGUGUGACUGAGAGGAAGUUCAGCCAGAACCUGGUUGCUCAGCUUUGGUACUUUGUGAAAUGUGUUUACUUCGGGUUGUCUGCUUACCAAAUCCGUUGUGGCUAUCCAACGCGAGUCCUUGGAAACUUCCUCACCAAGAGCUAUAAUUAUGUCAACCUCUUCUUGUUUCAAGGGUUCCGCCUCGUUCCCUUUUUGACUGAGCUGAGGGCUGUGAUGGACUGGGUAUGGACAGACACGACCUUGAGCCUCUCCAGCUGGAUCUGUGUGGAGGACAUCUAUGCUCACAUAUUCAUCCUGAAGUGUUGGCGGGAGUCUGAAAAAAGAUACCCACAGCCCCGGGGGCAGAAGAAGAAGAAAGUGGUGAAGUACGGCAUGGGAGGCAUGAUCAUCGUUCUGCUCAUCUGCAUUGUCUGGUUUCCCCUUCUCUUCAUGUCCUUGAUCAAAUCUGUGGCGGGGGUCAUCAACCAGCCCCUGGACGUCUCGGUCACAAUUACCCUGGGAGGGUAUCAGCCCAUUUUCACAAUGAGUGCCCAGCAAAGCCAGUUGAAAGUUAUGGAUCAGCCAAAGUUUAAUAAAUUUAUGAAAGCUUUCUCUAGGGACACUGGUGCUAUGCAAUUUCUGGAAAAUUAUGAAAAAGAAGACAUAACAGUAGCAGAACUGGAAGGAAAUUCAAAUUCUUUGUGGACCAUCAGCCCUCCCAGUAAGCAGAAAAUGAUAGAGGAACUCAUGGACCCCAAUAGUAGCUUCUCUGUUGUUUUUUCAUGGAGUAUUCAGAGAAACAUGAGUCUGGGUGCAAAAGCAGAAAUAGCAACGGAUAAGCUUUCUUUUCCUCUUAAAAAUAUUACACGUAAGAAUAUAGCUAAAAUGAUAGCUGGCAACAACACAGAAAGUUCAAGAACACCAGUGACUAUAGAGAAGAUCUACCCAUAUUAUGUGAAAGCACCUAGUGAUUCGAACUCAAAACCCAUAAAGCAACUUUUGUCUGAAAAUAAUUUCAUGAAUAUCACCAUCAUUUUGUCCAGAGACAAUACAACUAAAUCUAACAGUGAGUGGUGGGUUCUCAACCUUACUGGCAAUAGAAUAUUCAAUCAGCAUGCCCAGGCCUUGGAACUGGUGGUCUUCAAUGACAAAGUCAGCCCCCCAAGUCUGGGGUUCUUGGCUGGCUACGGUAUCAUGGGAUUAUAUGCUUCAGUUGUCCUUGUGAUUGGGAAGUUUGUCCGUGAAUUCUUCAGUGGGAUUUCUCACUCCAUCAUGUUUGAAGAGCUUCCAAAUGUGGAUCGAAUCCUGAAGUUGUGCACAGAUAUUUUUUUAGUUCGAGAGACAGGGGAACUGGAAUUAGAGGAAGAUCUCUAUGCCAAAUUAAUAUUCCUGUACCGCUCACCAGAAACCAUGAUCAAAUGGACUAGAGAAAAAACAAAUUGAUACUUUAAGACACAGACUGCAAAUCAAGUUAACAUUUGAAUUUUUAAAAAAGCACAAUAUUCUCAUAAGAGCUAAGCAUUUCUAGUUGGACGGAAAUGGUUUCUCUUCUGACAGGUGUUCAAAAGGAG